AUGAGAAUCCCGCCGAUGGAAGGGGGGUGGUUUUACUCCCCAAGGCAGAUCCUCCACUAUCUGCUCACUCGGCCAACGUCCUUGAAGCCUCCACGGCCUCAAUUCCGCAACCCGUUCAAGAUCCUCCGGGAGCUCAACUCCAGCCAAUGGCACCUGUUUUUCGUGGGCUUUCUGGGCUGGACGUGGGACUCGUUUGAUUUUUUUACCGUGUCCUUGACGGUCACAGAGAUUGCAGCAGACUUUGGCGUCAGCAAUUCGGACGUCACUUGGGGCAUGACCGUCACGCUGAUGCUUCGUUCCGCCGGUGCACUGAUCUUCGGCGUUGUGAGCGAUCGCUAUGGCCGGAAAUGGCCAAUGAUCAUUAAUCUUGCCUUGUUCGUCGUCCUCGAGCUAGGUUCUGGCUUCUGCAAUAACAUGCCCCAGUUCCUGGGAGUCCGGUCACUGUACGGCAUCGCCAUGGGCGGUCUCUUCGGCCCUGCUGCUGCUACAGCCCUUGAGGAUUUGCCCUACGAUGCCCGCGGUGUCUUGUCCGGCUUCUUUGAGCUGGGCUAUGGAUUUGGGUAUCUCCUGGCUGCCAUAUUCUACCGCGCCCUGGUCCCGACAACCACCCACGGCUGGCGCUCGCUCUUCUGGUUCGGUGCUGGUCCGCCGUUGCUUAUCAUCGCGUAUCGCUGGUGGCUGCCAGAGACCAAUAACUUCCAGAUCAUGGCUGCUGAGCGUGAAGCAAGGCUUGUGCUGGAAAAGCAAGCCCGUAGUCAGGAAGGGCAUGACGAAGAUAUCCAUGUCCGUGCUGGAGGCCUCAGGGCUUGGUUUAAGGACUCAUGGGCAGGCAUAAAGGAGUAUUGGGUCAUCUUCAUUUACCUCAUAUUCCUGAUGACCGGAUGGAACAGUAUUUCCCACGGGUCGCAAGAUUUCUAUCCAACAUUCCUCAAGAACCAAGUCGAAUUGGACCCGAACCAGACGACCAUCGUCUCGUGCAUCGGCCAGGUUGGCGCCAUCAUCGGCGGGACAAUACUGGGCUAUCUCUCCACAUUCGCCGGCCGCCGUCUGACCAUGAUCGUUGGAUGUAUCAUCGGCGGCGCCUUAAUCCCCGCGUACAUCCUCCCGCGCGGGAUGAGCCUUGUUGCGUGCGCUUUCUUCAUGCAGUUCUUCGUCAUGGGCGUCUGGGGUCCCAUGCCCAUCCAUUUAACCGAGCUCGCACCGCCAGCCCUCCGCAGUACAGCCGUUGGCCUAACCUAUCAACUCGGCAACCUGGCAUCGUCUGCCUCGUCAACGAUCCAAAGUGUAAUCGGCGAACGCUACCCGCUGCCGCCGAAAUGCACGACGACGGGGGAAUGCACCGAGCGGUUUGAUUACGGACGCGUGAUUGCCAUCUUCAUGGGCGCAGUUUGGGCGUGGAUGAUUCUGUUUACGUUCCUGGGUCCUGAGAUGAGCGAGGACGAGAGACAAGAGCACGCGGAGCAUGCGCAGAACCUGGAGAACCUGCGGAAGCAGGGGAUGAGCUUGGUAGAGAUUGGCGAGCAUGUGGCUAGGGUGGCUUUCGAGGCGGAGAAGGGCAUUGAUGGCGGUGCUGAGACUGUGAAGGAGGUUGAUGCUGAGUUUAUUGAGGAGAAGGAGGGUGCCAAAGCCGUGUGA